AUGGCCGCGGCCUGCCCGUACAUCGCUGACAGGAAACGGGUCGACAACGGUAAGCGCUGGAGGAGCGAUUUUCAUGGCGGCCGACGCGUUGCCGCGGCUUGGGUAAGUAUCGGUCGCGACAGACGCCGGAGGGGAGCGCGUGGCGCGGGCUGGGGGACCCAAGCCGGGCGUGCGGCAAAUCGAACGAGGCCACGCGCGCCGCGGGAGGGGGGACGCUGA